UAACUCUCCUCUUCAGCACCGGGAGCAGAGGGCCAGCCCGCAGAGCUCUUCCGGAGGCGGAUAAUCCCCUCACCUCUACUCGCAGUUCGGGAAGGGAUUUGCAAUAACUCACCUAUAGGAAGACACCUUCCCGAAGCUCAUGCAAGUUACGACUUACAGAGAAGCCAGGACCUGCGCACAAAUGGAUUUUUGCGUCUCACCUUGCGCGUUUUGGUGUAGCCUAUAUAGAUAUCUGAUGAGUGUAUAAUGUAGCAGCUGCUGCUUGGGGAAAAAACAAACAAACUAUUGAAGCCUCUGAUACCCAUAUAAAUAUUAAUCAUUUCGGCAGCAUGUUUGUGACGCACAGUCUUGCUUUAACUUUUAUUGCGGCGGCUCUCUGUCUGAUCAGUGGAGAACCGCCGAAUUCUUCAUCUGCGACGCAGAAUUCAACAUCCACGUCCAUCAUCCUCGGCCACGAUGAACCGACGAGUAAAAACGCCACGCACGGUGCCGUGGGAUCCCGGAUCUCACCUCUGAUGACUUACCUGCCAACUCUGAAAAACGUCGUUAUUUUCAUCUGUGUGUUGACAGCUGCCCUCAUCACAUGCCUGGUCAUCAAAGUGAUAAGGUCUGGCCGAAAAAUCAGGAAAACGAGAAAAUACGACAUCAUUACCACACCGGCGGAGCGGGUGGAGAUGGCCCCUCUGAACGAGGAGAAUGACGACGAAGACGACUCGACCCUCUUUGAUGUGAAAUACAGGUGAAUCCCAUGUGGGACAACUGUUGUUUUGGUAACUCCUUUUUUCCCCCCCCACCUCAACUAAACUUCAGCGAUUUUGCCAUCCAAGUGUCGUCACGUCAGCGAUUUCUACUCGUGUUUUACCUGCGUUGAAAAUGAACAGAUGCAAUUUGUCUGCUGUUGUGCAAAGAUUCUAUCGCACUAUCUAGAUAACUUGCUCAGAGUUUCUAAAAUAAGACACGUCACAUAUCCACCAAACUUUAAGUGGUCUGGACAAACAAAAUUUUUAAUUUUGAAUUUAAUCCUUGGACGAGCUUUUUAAACCUGAACUACGAUAUGUUAAACUAAGGUGGAGGUCGAAGGAACCAAAGUUUUUCCACAUGGCUUAACUGGAGAAAAAGUUUAUUAAUUAUUAGUGAAGGUUUUAAAAAGAUCAGAAGCACAAAAGAUAAUGAAGGAUAGUUGCUUUGUCUAUAAACCUCAUAAUAAUCUUGUGAGUUUUAGUAUCACAUUUAUUUAUACCAACUAACCACUUUAUUGUGCAAAUGUACUGUUAAAGGCUUACUAACUUUUCUGUCUGCAGUGUUUGUGUUGUUUCACAUUCAGUUUUAUUUUGCUGCUAUCAAGCUGAUGUCAGUCAGUGUUGUCAAUUUUGACCUAAGAAUACUCUCAGGAUGUCUCUUUAAAUCUGUUUGCUAUGAAUGUGAAUGGAGUACGUUGUCAUAAAGUGUGCGGGAAAUGCAGCAGGUUCAGCGAUUAAAUACCAUGACAACAUGUCGCCAGUGUUACAGAGCCAAAACAAGAUGAAGCUUUCUUCAGGAUCCUAAAAUCUGUCAUGUUUAGCAUAAGAUUGCAAUAAAGGUUCUCUCCACUCCUGUUAGUGUCAAUCAUGCAAAAAAACAACAACAAAAAAAAACCUGAAGAUGAUUGUAAUCUUGUACUGCAGUAGCAUAAUCUCACUUUAGAAAAUAAAAAUUCAAACUGAAAUUCUUUAGUUUGAGUAUACUUUAAUAAUUAGAAGAAAAAGUUAAUUGUACUGAGAGUAAAAUUCAUAGCACUACAGAAUAGCUAUGGAUCUCCCUUGCAGAAUUUCACAAAAUAAAAAGCUGCUAAUUCUUCUUUAUGUAUUUGGGUCAGAGACGUCACGCAAGGCACACGAUUAAAGCCAAUCUGCUUUAAUCGCCCUUUUUUAAAAUGGGUCUUGUGCCAUAUGUGACUUCAAAUUAAUCAGAGUGGAAAUUUAAAUGGUUAUCAGAAACUUUAAGCUUCAUUUGGGUGUAAAUAUGACGGAACAUGGGUUUAAUUUUCCUCAUGACGAGAAAGAUAAGACAGCAUACGUUUCAAAUCAGGCAAAUGGGUUUUGAUUUUCAUAAGUGGACAAAUUCCUACAAGAUGUUUUUAUUUUUGUUGCCUCAAUGGGUUUGAGAUUAUGCUACUGCAAGAAAAUUUGACUUCGUUUUAAGGCUUUACUGAUAAUUAUAAAGGUUGCUGCAAAAAUAUGGUCAAAAAUGAAGCGUCUCCCUCCUUUGAAAGCUAUUACUUGAGUUUAAUGUGAUGGGUUUGUUCUUGUCCAUAAUUAAUGUGCUGUUUGAACAGUUACAGCUUACAGAAACACAAACCAGCUGAAGCUGCUAGCUACACUUGCUCAUAAAAUUUCCAUUUAUCCAAAAUGUUUAUAGAAACAAAAAUACACCUUUAAUAAUUAACCUCCCCGAGCUAAAAUCCUUGUAUAAAUUUAAUCCAAAUGUGCAAAAUCUACCAAAAGUCUUUGCACAAUAUUCAACAAGACUGACUCUGGAUACAUUUCUACAGCUGACGUGAGUGUAGGUGACCUUCUGUUUUAAUUCAAGCUGUUACUUGAUAGCACACCACGCAGCCACCAACAUUUCACGUCUAACAUAAUUACAACUCUUCAGAAUUUUGGUCUAAUGGAAAGAACACCAGAGCCAGCCUUUGACAAUGGAGACUCAGCUUCUGCUUAGCUGCUCCCAAACCAGUAGAGGGCCCUCUAAAGUGAAAAUUGAUCUCAAAACUAGAUAUGCUAUAUCCAAUAUGGCUGCCAUGCAUAUGAGAUGUAGUAAAAAUUGCAGGUAUAAACUGUUUGGUUGGAGGGUACAACUUCUAAUUGCCAACAUAUAUUUAGUGUUUGAAUGCUUCAAAUGGAGGGGAAUGCCUUUAGUUCGGUUUAUACUGGUAGUAGAAGUUACAGCAUCACAGCAGGUUUCCCACUGCUCUUUCGAUUGGCAGCAACAAAGCCCUCAACUUGACUUUGACGAAAUUCUAUGGUCUAAACAAAUGUUUUAUUUGGAUGAAGCCUUGGUUUAAAUGCUAAAACCUUUUGAGAGUUGAAAAAAAAAUGCUAAUUUUUGAAGCUACAUUUCUUCAGGAUUGAAAUGAUUACAUAAAGAAAAAUAGUAGUUUGAUGAUUAUCUUAAGUCAAAGUUUAAUGUUGCUGUUCCUUCUUCUGCAAUUUAUUUACUUAAAUAAAGUGAACUGGAAUGAGGGGCCUAAAUCAAAUUCUGCUUAGACCAACUCUAAUCUUAUUUAUUUUUCCUUCAAGAAAAUUGUUGUCAUGUUCAGAGAAAAUUUAAUCUGUCUUAAUCCACAUAGGACCAAAAAUGUAUGCAGAACUAUUCUUAAUGUCUUCUUUAGUCUAUCUUUUGUAAAAUGGAUAUUAUCAUUUUUUGUUUUCCAACAAUGUGCAUGUCCGCCUCAUAUGUUGGUACUUUUUUUUAGUUUGGAAUCAUACUCUUUUCCUCUAUAACCAGAAAUCUGGCGAACAGCUAAAUGUCUCUCAGGCUUGUACCAUUGCUAUUGUCACGUAAUCUUUUCUUUUUCAUAUAUAUCAUGUGUGUAAAAUUGUGGAAAAAUCCUCCUCAUGCAGAGAUUUUAAUUAUAGACAUUUAUUAGUUUUGAGUCAUCUGCUACACAAAGUUACUCUUGUUAAAACAAAUCAGUUGUGGCUGUGAAGACUUUUAAAAAAGCUGUUUAAAUAGUUUUAUAAGUUUCUGGAAAACAAGUUGGACACAGAUGUUGUGUGUAAACCGGUCUGUUUCCUCAGUUUCCAUGUCUUUACAACACUACUGGAAUAAAACCCUUUUUGAAGUGUUGACUCUUUAAAGGGAGAGGCUCGAAUA